AUGGCUUUUCAAAUCAGCUUUUUUCUCAUCUUUACUGGACUCACAGGUGAGUCACAUGAAUAAUCUUUAUAAUUAUCAUGAGAGAAAGGUUAUUCUUGUCAAAUAAAAAUAACACUGUUGUUUCUUGCAGGAAUCGACAGCGUAACUACAAUCAGUAAAGUAUCAGUAGAAGCUGGACAAUCAAUCUCCAUCCCAUGUCUGUAUGGUCCGAAUCACAAAAACAACGUCAAGUAUUUGUGUCAAGGAUAUGAAUGGAGCUCAUGCACAUACGCAAUUCGAACGGGCCAACCAAAUUCAGAUAGGUUUUCCAUCUCUGAUGACAAAAAUCAAGGAAUCUUCACUGUGACAAUCAGACCAGAACAAACUGAUCAUUACUGGUGUUUUGUGGAGAUGGAUCGUAGGGCAGAUACUGGGCAGCGCUUUCAUCUGUCAGUCACCACAGGUAAGACCCCUUAAAUAUUACUCAUAACUUUGAAUCUUUUGUACAGCAGUUGUCAUUAAAAGUAAAACCACUGAGGGUUUCUUUAAUAUUUGCUGUGGAGACAGGAUUCUCGUGACAGAACAAGGACUGUAGCUUCCAUUAUUUUUCAUUGUAUUAAAUUACAGAAAUAAAAGAGAAUCCAAUGCAGACCAGUCAAAUUAAGCACAUGGAAUGCUGUGAUGAGUUAAAGCUUCAAGAUUUAAAAUAACCUCAUAGUGCCAUGAUAAACUGUACAGAAUGAAGAAAUUAAGAUGAUGCAUGCAGAUGUAAAACCACUGUCAGUCAGGAGCAUUAAAGUACCAACAUCACAUCUUUUCUUUGCAGAAAAUGUAAAACAUUACUUAUUUCUGAAAUAAAAGCCCUGCUGCAACUUCAGCUUCUUUCAGAGUUAGAACAGGAUAUUUAAAGAGCAGUGAGUCAUUCAUUAAACAUCGUUGACACUUAAAAAUAGAUACUGGCUCAUCCUGUGAUGCAGUAAUAAACUGAAUAAUUGUCUUGUACAGUUUUAAAAGCAUCCUGUUAGUGACAGAGAGCCUGAUACUGUGCUAAAGCAGAGCUGGUAAUAACUGUUUUACCCACAUAUAAUUUUGUUAAGUUGAACUGGGAACAGUAGGACAAAUACGGUUGAAACAGUGGUCCAAAGAUGAUUCGAAAGCUUUGACAAGUCAAUAAAAAGUGCUGCAGAAUCUUCCAUUUUGUUCAAGGACUCAGUAAAAUCACAGAUUAUCUUUAAAAAUUCUGUUGAAGCAGCUUUUAUGAGGAAAUGCGCAACUCAUAUAGAAGUUUUUUUCUUUUUUAUUCUUUGAAGGUACUCCCAGUCUUUAUGUGGAUCAGCAGAAUCUGACAGCCUCUGAAGGAGAAAACGUCGUCAUCACAUGUCACUAUAGCAACUCUGGUACAAACAAGUGGUGCCGGUUGGGGGGGGGCUGUAUAAUAGAGUCAACAGGAUGGAUGGAUGGAACUCAAGUAAAUAUGACCAGCAGGUCCAAUAACUAUUUUACUGUGGAAAUGAGUGGACUGAAGACUGAAAACAGUGGCUGGUAUUAUUGUGUCAGAGGAGAUCAUCAGAUGCCAGUUCAUUUAACAGUCAAUGAACAACCCAUCUCCAGUGAGUACCGAAAAUAUGAUAAAGAAACGAGAUAAUAAUGUAGAAUUGUGAAUCAUCAACAUUUAUGAAGUACAGCUUAUUACAGCUGAUAAUGGAGAUAUUGAAUGCUGAAUCUGUAAAUCUCUUCUCUGUUUUAUGGUCUCAACAAUACCCACAGCAGGCAAUAAACUGAUGAGGUCAGAAGUCUCUGUAUUUCAGUGAAACUGCAUCCUCAACCUUUUUAAACAAGUCUGGUUAACUUCAAUAUUUUUCACCAUUAUCCUCAUGUGUAUGUGUUCUGCAGGGCUAUAGUGUCAACAAUGAUCAUCAUGUCUUUGAGUUUGUUGGUCUUCCUUGUGAUGACAACUUUGAUCCUGUUGUGCCUGUCAAGAAAAAUCAGUAAGUAAAAGUUGAACAAAAUGUACACAAAUACUAUUAUUUUUACAUUUUAUCUUGGCUAAAUAUAAAUUAUUUUAAUCCCAAAUGAGAGUAAAUUAAGUAUAGAUAUUAACUGUUUCAAUUUCAGAGCAACCACGAGCAGAGGCACCUACCACUACAACAGUGAGUUAGAGGAGGAGGUCAAAUACAGCCCUACUGACCACACGGAUAAAACCACGAGGAAGGUAAACCCACACUAAGAGUUUGAUGAUCACACUGUAAUAUGCAAAAAUGGAAACGUAAAAGAAGAACUCAAUUGACGCUAAAAGGGUCCUCAGUUGUUGGUUCAGCAUCUUCUAUCACUCUUUACUGCAUGUCAGUCAUCCCCCACUUUCUUCCUUUUUACUACUAACUUGUUUUUUCUGUUCUUCUUCUCUCAGGUUCAACCAAAAGCUGAAGAUGAUAAUGUAAUAUACAGUACUUGGGCCCAGCAGAAGUAA